AUGCGAUUCGCUACUUAUGUCCUCGCCGCCUCCGCCGCCGUCCAGUCUGCCAUGGCUGGCGUCUACAUCACCAGCCCUGUGAACGAUACCGCUGCCAUCGGUGGCCAGGUGCUUGAAGUCAAGUGGGCCGACAACGGAGAGACUCCCACCGUCGCCGACAUUGGACCCUGCGAUGUCUCCAUCUACACUGGUUCUGUCAACAACCAGAUCAAGUUGCAGAACCUCGCCGCGAGCGUCGACGUCUCCAAGGCUAGCAGUAUCUCUGCUACCAUCGACCCUUCCAUUGGACAGGAUGACUCCCACUACUUUGUUCGAUUCACUUCCCUCUCCUUGAAGGACUCUACCAACUCCCAGUACCCCUACGAGGCGUUCUCCUCCAUGUUCUCUAUCAAGUCCAUGACUGGUGCUUUCAACGCCACCGUGUUCGCUGCCAUUGACGCGUCCUCUUCCUCCUCUUCCGCAGUAUCCUCCUCUGGAAAGGCUUCUUCCACUGCGUCUGGCUCGGUCGCUGCCGAUGUCGCUUCUGCCACCAAGUCUUCAUCCACCAGCUCUUCCACCAGCUCUUCCACCGCUUCUUCCUCUGCCGCCCUCACUCGCGUGGGCGGCGCUCCUAUGGCUCUCGCGCUCACCGUCGUUGGUGCCGCGAGCUACUUUAUCCUCUAA